GCGAGAGCGGCCGCGGAAGAAGCCUUCGCCCGCUCCGCAUGAGCGGGGACUGCGCCCUUCUUGCGCCCUUCUUGCGCCCAGUUAACUGCUUUGGGAUUUGUGCAAAGGAGAAAUGGCAUGGAAACACGGCCACUCGUGAUAACGGAUAACCUGGAAAGCCCCGUGCUCUGUGGUGCCUUUGCACUGCUGCUCUGACUUUCCCCCAAAUCAUUCCUGGCUCUUUGUGUUACCUGCAGGGAGCGUCUACCAUGGCCGCCCCCGCCAAGAUGGAGCCUCUCCUGCAGCAGGUAGAGAGAGACUUGGGCAUCGGCCGGACGCAGCUGGCAUCUGCCCCAGGGUCCUCCCACAUCAUCGCCCUGGUGCCGGUCAAGUGGCUGGUGGGCUUGAAGGAGCGGGGCCUGUUGCCCAGCAUGUGCCCACACCCUGAAGGCCUCAGCGAGGUGGAGGUGCGCACAUGCCUGCAGCACUCUGUGCAGAAGCUGCCCACUGGCUGGACCCGGGUUGAAGUCCACGGCCUGCGGAAAGAGCGGCUGUACUAUCAGGUGGCUGUGAGCCCCGGUGCUCACAGUGAGGCCAAGGAAGGCCCAGAGACACUCCAUGGGUUCAUGCGCAACGUGGCCUCCCAGAACUACCGGAAUCUAUGGAAGCAGGCGCACCACCGGUACGUCCGGCCGUACUGCCACGCCCAUGCGCCACCCACUGCCCCUGCCUUGGACCUGCUCCGCUGUGCCCUCCAGAGGCUCUACGGCUGCCCCUUCGUUCCAGUGGGGCUGAGCACUUCCUGUACCUCUCCUGCCAAAGAGGGGGGCUCAUUCACCAAGGGCCACACCCACUGCCCUAGCAUCCUUCAGGCAGACGCGCUACUGGAUUCGCCGGAGAUGUUCUACGUCAUCUUCCCCUACGUGCAGUACUGCCUCCAUGACAUUGUCACCUUCAGCCCGGCCAAGCUGACCAACAGCCACGCUAAGCUCCUCUUCAUCCUCUUCCAGGUCCUGCAGGCCAUGCAGGCGUCCCACCGGGCAGGACUGGCAUGCGGCGCUUUCUCGUUGCACGAAGUGGUGGUGGACGAGAAACUAUGUGCCCAGCUCAGGGUUCGGCUUCAAGACUAUGAGCAGAUGCCGCCAGAGGAGGAGGCGGCAGCGUCAGAAGCAGCCCCCAGGGAUCCUGGCCGGGACACUGCAGUAGUGGGAGGCGCCGGUGUAGCGACACUGGCAGCAAGGAAGGAGGCCCGGGCAGGUCUUGGGGACCUUGUCCUGGACUGGGUGCAGGGCCGCCUCAGCAACUUUGACUAUCUCAUGCACUUGAACCGUCUGGCUGGGCGGCGGGUGGGUGACCCCAACUACCACCCUGUGCUUCCAUGGGUGAUGGAUUUCACCACCCGCAACGGCCGGUUCCGGGACUUGCGUAAGUCCAAGUUCCGCCUCAACAAAGGGGACAAGCAGCUAGACUUCACCUACGAGAUGACCAAGCAGGCCUUUGUGGCCGGAGGAGGCCUGAGCGGGGAGCAGCCCCAUGUGCCCCACCACAUCUCAGACGUCCUCUCCGACAUCACCUACUACGUUUACACGGCCCGGCGGACCCCUAAGGCCGUACUCUGCUCCCACGUCCGGUCUCAGUGGGAGCCCAACGAGUACCCGGCCAACAUGGAGCGCAUGCAGGGCUGGACCCCGGACGAGUGCAUCCCGGAGUUCUACUCUGACCCCAACAUCUUCAAGUCCAUCCACCCCGACAUGCCUGACUUGGAGGUGCCGCCUUGGUACGGCUCCUGCGAGGAGUUUGUGGCAGCCCACCGGGCCUUGCUGGAGAGCUGGGAGGUGUCUCAGGACCUCCACCACUGGAUCGACCUCACCUUUGGCUACAAGCUGCUGGGCAAGGAGGCCGUCAAGGAGAAGAACGUCUGCCUCCACCUGGUGGACAACCACACCAACCUCACCAGCUACGGGGUGGUGCAGCUCUUUGACCAGCCCCACCCUAGGCGCUUGGCGGGGGCGGCGCUCCUCCCUGCUGAAGCCCUACUCGUCGCGAGGCCUCUGAUCCCAACCGUCCAGGAGACGAGAGUCCUGGAGGACUCCAAGGCCCAGGUGGCCAACGGAACCGGUGGCCUGGUUGCGGAGGCGAUGGCUUGCGAAGGCAGAUUUGGGGUGAUCCUAGAAGAGGAGGUGGAGCAGGGGGCUGAGGCCCUGGAGUCCAUCCCUGCAGCAGGCAGAGGCGUGGAGCUGCCAUGCUCUUCUGUGCCGGCCCCUGGGAUCCCCGCCGAGGGAAAGCAUCUCAUCCGGAGGGCCAAGGCCACGGUUGGUGUGACCCACGGGGAUGGGCUGGAGGCGAAGAUCGUGGUCCCCGAGAGCUGCAACCUGCUGCAGGCCUUGGAGGAGCUGGAGAAGCUGGAUGCCUUCUUGCUGAAAGGGUUGCAGCAGGGCAUGCUGGGCCAGCUGGAGCAGCCCCAGCCAAGGAGCCCUGUGGUGCUUUCUGACCUUUUCCAGAGGGACAUGCAGACGCUGGGCGUCCUGGUGACCGAGAUCGUCUUUGCGGCCAAGUUGCGCACCUUGAGGCCAGGUGCAGCGCUGCCAGAGCGCUUCUGGGCUGCGCGGGGGCUUUGCCAGUCUCACCCCAAGGAGAUCCCGGCUCCUCUCCAGCACCUCCUGGAGACCUUGCUGCAGCUGCGAGUCCCGGAUGCCCAGCUUUCGAGGGCCGGCUUGGGCCGGCGGGCUCAGCUGUUCAGCUAUAUGCCCAUCUGGCAAGGGCUACCGCCGCCCUGCCCCUCUCAGCUGCUGAGCCCUUUCAGUGCGGUGCUGCCCUUCCCGACAUACUUCCCAGCUCUGCACAAGUUCAUCUUCACCUACCUGUCCGGGAAGGCCGAAGACCCUGCGGGCCAAGGCCGGGAGCUGGUCUUCCAGCUGUGGCAGCAGCUGGAGGGAGUGCUGGCCGACAUCACUCCCGAGGGCUUGGAGAUCUUGCUGCCGUUUGUCCUGGCGCUGAUGUCGGAAGAGCAGACAGCUGUCCAUGCUGCCUGGUACCUCUUUGAGCCCAUCGCCAAGGCCCUGGGCCCCAAGAACACCAACAAGUACCUGCUGAAGCUCCUGAUCGGGGCUUAUGAGAGCCCCCGCUGCCUGCACGGCCGCUUCUACCUCUACACGGACUGCUUCGUGGCUCAGCUGAUGACUCGCCUGGGGCUGCAGCAGUUCCUCGCCAACCUCCUGCCCCACAUCCUGCAGAUCUUGGUGGGGGUGGAGGGCUCCGCCCCAGAGGAGAACAAGGCCCUGCUGCUCUUGGGCACGGCGGAGGACGACGAGAGCGGUGGGAGCAGCCCCGGGUCCUGCUCCUUUGGGGAAGAGAUCAAGGCAGAGGUGGACCGGGUCGGCUCGGCAGCCCUGGAGCUGCUGGACUACAUGUCUGGUGUCAGCCUGCAUGACCAGGCCUACCUGCCAGAGAGCGAGGACUUCCAGAAUGGCCUCUACCUGGCUGAGACCCUGCAGGAGCCGGAGGAGGGCCUGGGCCACCUGAGUGACAAGAGCAGCGCCAGCGAAAUCUCUCUGGGUGAGGACCAGAAGGACAAGGCCAGCCUGAAAUCCCUGGACAGCAGUCAAGACCUAAAGCACAGCGAGGAGGAGGAGGAAGACAAUGAUGAUGACGAAGAAGAAGAGAGACAGGAGGAGGCCAAUCGGGAGGAGGAGGAGGAGGAAGAGUGUGAUGACACCACCACUGUGGGCACGGAGGAGCUGGCGCUAUCGGUGGCCGUCAGUGUGGAAGCCAGCCUGGCUGAAGAUGACGGGGUGCCCGAGGAAGAAGGGGGCAGGCAGGACUUGCCUGACAGGGAUGGAGACAAGGAGCAGACCAUCCUGCUGGACACGGCGUGCAAGAUGGUGCGGUGGCUCUCGGCCAAGCUGGGCCCCACCACCACGUCCCGCUACGUCGCCAGGAACCUGCUCCGGCUGCUUACGUCUUGCUACAUUGGUUCCAGCAGGCAGCAGUUCGUGGCUGGCACAGAAGUGAUCAGCCCUCUGAGCUCCGGGAACAUUUACCAGAAGCGGCUGGUGCUGGGGGAUGUGGUGUCUGAGCCGGUGCUGGCUUCCCUCAUCCAUAUCGCGCACCUGUAUGGGGAGCCGGUCCUUACCUACCUGUACUUGCCCUACAUCAGCUAUCUGGUCGCUCCCAGCAGCGGGGCAGCAGCUGGCCGGCUCAACAGCCGCAAGGAAGCCGGCCUCUUGGGUGCCGUGACGCUGACCCGGAAGAUGGUUGUUUACCUCUCAGACACCACCCUCAUGGACAUCCUGCCCAAAAUCAGCCAGGAGGUCCUGCUGCCUGUUCUGGGCUUCCUCACUUCUCCCACCAUCAGUUUUCCCAGCGGGACCCAGGCCCGGGGCGUCUUGUGCCUCAAGACCAUCAGCCUUGUGGCGCUGGUUUGCUUACGGAUCGGGGCAGAGAUGGUACAGCAGCACCUGAGUGACACUCUCCGGAUGUUCUUUGAGACGUUCUCGUUGUCGCUGUUGGAGCAGAUGAGCCGGCAGGAGGGCGUGAUGUUGGAACCGCCUGCCCUCCGGACGAGGUCGCUGCCCCCAGACCCCUCCGCUCUUCUGGAACUGCAGAAGGUUUUCAACCCGGAGAUGGCGUACAUCACCUUCAUCCCCUUCUCUUGUUUGUUAGGCGACAUGAUCCACGCCAUUGUCCCAAAUCACACCUUGGUUGGGCAGCUGGCAAAUCUCUACCUGGACAGCACGGACCCCAGAGGCCUGGCCUCCCACAGCCGAGAUGCAGCCGGGCCGGGCCCAGCUCCCUCGGAGCAAGACAGCCCUGAGACGGAUGCUGCCUCGGGCCUGGGCGAGGACUCUCACUCGGGCACUUUUGGGAGUGUGCUGGUGGGCAACCGCAUCCAGGUCCCAGUGGAGGCCUGGCAGGAGGCUUCGGGCAGCCCCAGUGGCUUCUGCCGUGCCUCGGGCAGCCAGGAGGAGAACACGCUGAGGCAGGAGCUGCGGCGUAGCACCCGCCUCCUCUGCGGCAACUGGCUGGCCUACUGGCAAUACGAGAUCGGGGUGAGCCAGCACGAGCCCCGCUUCCACUUCCACCAGAUCAAGCUGCAGACCUUUGUGGGUCACGUGGGUGCCAUCAAGUGCGUGGCCCCCCUCAGUGGAGAGGACUUCUUCCUGAGCGGCAGCAAGGACAAGACCGUCCGCCUCUGGCCCCUCUACAACCGUGGCGACGGCACCCACGAGACGGAGCCGCGCCUGACCUAUGCCCAGCACAAGAAGUCGGUCUUCUACGUCGGCACUCUGGAAGCGCCACAACACGUGGUCAGUUGUGACGGCGCCGUCCACAUUUGGGACCCCUUCACGGGCAAAGUGGUACGCACAUUUGAGGCGCUAGACUACAAAGUGCCCAUCACAGCUGUGAGUGCCAUGCCAGCCCCGUACGGCAGCAUCAGCAUGGCCAGCGCUGACUCCGUGCUGCGCUUCAUCGACCACCGGAAACCAGGGCUGCAGCAUGAAUUCCGGCUGGCCAGCGGGCCAAACGCUGGCCUCAUCCGUUGCCUGGCUGUCAGUCCUAGUGGGCGAAGCGUGGUGGCUGGCUUCUCCUCUGGCUUCAUGGUCCUGCUAGAUACCAGGACUGGCUUGGUCCUGCGAGGGUGGCCAGCGCACGAGGGAGACAUCUUACAGAUCAAGGCUACGGACGGCAACGUGCUCAUCAGCUCCUCCUCCGACCACUCGCUGACCGUCUGGAAGGAGUUGGAGCAGAAGCCACUGCAGACCUACAAGUCGGCCUCGGAGCCUAUCCACGCCUUCGACCUCUACGGCAACGAGGUGGUGGCUGGCACGGUGGCCAACAAGAUCAGUGUCUACGCCCUGCAGGAGCUGCUGACCCCCGGCGUCACCAAGUUGAGCUCGGAGAACUUCCGCGGGACCCUCACCAGCCUGGCCGUGCUUCCGACCAAGUGCCACCUGCUCCUGGGCUCCGACAACAGCACCAUCCGGCUCCUGGCGUAGCUGCUGCCUCCGGAUGCAAUGCGCUGGCUUCCAGGGAUGGUGGCCAAGAGCCCCUUUUGCUGCCGGGGGAGGGGGGGAGCAGGUGUGGGCAGGGACCAAGGGAGGGAGGAGGGGACCUCACUGCGCCCUCCCUCCUGGGCCUCGCUCCCCAAACAGGCUGCUGGGCAGCCAGAGGCCUGGACCUCCUGUCACCUUAUGUGCCUGACUCUCUUUGGGAAAGGGGGGGGUGUUUCCCAAAGAAAUCCAGAGGGGAGAGGUGCCAUCCUCUCCCCACCCCCAAUAUGGCAUUCCUGUUCUUCAACCUUUGGGGAGGGAGGUCCCUCCCUCCCUCCCUGGAUGUUUCUCCGCCGUUGGCCCUUCGCUUUCGUGUUUGUGCCGCUCCGCACUUCCUUCUCCCUCCCUUUACUUACCGUUCACCCCGCCUUCUGCCGCUUUUACUCCCCCAUGGAAGUAUGUGCACCAGGAAGAGCUGAACGCCCUGUAAGGAGGGAGUAGGCCCCGCCUGCCUGGGAAGGCUUUGCACCUGGAAGGUGACGUCCCAGCCAGGAGGGCCGUUUCCCUCUGUUCUUGCCCAGG